GCAACUAAUUUGGUGGGGGGAGAGGACGAGGCUUCAAGGAGACAAUUAAAUGGGUAGAUCUGCCAAGCCUGAGAAGGGCGUUUCAACUUUCCACGCCGCGGAGGAGAAGAGACCCGGACAGAAGAGGAUUCCUUAUUAGGGAGAGCCCCGAAAGGAGCGGCAGAGGAAGCGGCGGCACGCUUGCUUUGCCUGCUGUGGUUUGUUAGUCAUAACCCCGUUGGAUUUCCGCCCGAGAUUCCCGUAAAACUCCCUUAACCCACCCCCAGGAGGCUCCUGUUGCCCUGUUGAAAAUCCAGCAGGGUCCGUCUCUCAGCUGAGCAGUGGGAGGACUAGCAGUGGGUGUAGCGUGUAAUCGGGCUGGUCCCAGACACUGAGCUCAUUAAUAAUGCAUCUGCCAAACUUUCUGCGCCGCCCUAACUCUGAGAGUUUUGGGUAACUUUGUUUGGGAUAGUCCGAGAGCAGCCACAGCCGUGGAAAGUACUUAGUGUCUCCAGAUCUGCAGGAUGGGUAUGUAAAAGGGGUGAAAGCCCCUCCUCUCCCCCCACCCACACAAAAAAGGCCCUCGACAGUAACUUCGUCCACCCCUUAAGAAAAACUGACAGAUCGAAAUCUUUUGAGCCUAGCCGCUCUCAAUGCAAUCUCCUUUGGCGGGGGGGAGAGGAGGAGCAGUAGGUCAGGCCUGGAACGGAACGCUGCCAUAACUCAGGAAGUUCCAGCAUUCUAAAUCGGAACGUUCGCCAAACCUCCAAGGUUCUAAAUCAGAACGUUCACCCGGCCGGCUACUUAGCUCGCGUCUCAGGCCCCUCUGGAAUUCCGGCAUAGCGACAGAGCCCUCCCCUCCCUCCCUCCCGUGACAGCCGCAGCCGGAGAACUUUUCUUUCGUCCUUUAAAGGAGCUACUUUCUUAGGGUGAAUUGUAACAAAUCUCGGUGGGGUGGGGAGGCAAGUUGCAUAACUUUCCGUCGGGGCCUGCUUUGGACGUGCUUCAUCUGUUCUUGGAGAUCCUGCAAGAUAAAGAUACAGUUUGGGCAGGGAGGGGACGGCUGCUUUGGAGCUGCUGUUGAUUGAGCAGCCGGGGCCUUUGGGGAGGAGGCAAAGAGUUCGGAGAAGUUUUGCUUCAGGAACUGGCUGGGAGAAGUUUUUGAUUUGCUGGCUUGUCUGCCCGGUUCUCCUCCGCGGGACAGCCGUUGUAUUUUUGGACUCUGACUACUAAAUAGCUGUUUGUGGGGGGAGGGAGGUUGGAACCCGGCAAGGCAUUGCAGACGGGGAGAUCUUGGCCUGCCUUGGUUUGCUCCUCGCUGCUUCUUGCAAUAAAGUUUUUGCGGCGCAAGGUGGGAAAAUGAACCCUGCCUCCGUCCCUCCCCCGCCGGGACAGCAAGUGAUCCAUGUCACCCAGGAUCUGGACACUGAUCUCGAGGCUCUCUUCAACUCGGUCAUGAACCCCAAGCCCAGCUCGUGGAGGAAGAAGAACCUGCCCGAAUCCUUCUUCAAGGAGCCGGACUCGGGAUCCCACUCUCGGCAGUCCAGUACCGACUCAGGUAGUCACCCGCCUCGACUGAGCAAUGCCGCGGUCGGUGUCCACCACGUCCGCUCGCACUCUUCGCCUGCCUCCUUCCCGGGCGCCGGGACCGGAGCCACCCCGAGCCCGGCUCAGCCGCAUGCCCACCUCCGCCAGCAGUCCUACGACGUGACGGACGAGCUGCCGCUACCUACCGGCUGGGAGAUGGCGCACACGCACACGGGCCAGAGAUACUUCCUCAACCAUAUAGAGAAAAUUACAACAUGGCAAGAUCCUCGAAAGACAAUGACCCAGCCAUUGAAUCACUUGGGCCUUCAUCCUUCAGCCAAUUCUACGCCAGUAUCCCAGCGAUCCAUGGCAAUGUCUCAACCCAACCUUGUCAUGAAUCACCAGCACCCGCCACAAAUGACGCCCACGACAACCAUCUCCCAGCAGAGCCAUCCUACCCCAAACCCUCAAGCUGGCUUAUUGAACAUGCCAAAUGCAUUGACUUCCCAGCAGCAGCAGCAACAGAAGCUGAGACUUCAGAGGAUCCAGAUAGAGAGAGAGAGAAUUCGCAUGCGCCAGGAGGAACUUAUGCGACAGGAAGCUGAUUUAUACAGACAACUUCCCAUGGAGUCUGAGAACAUGGCCCCCGUGCAGCCUGCUGUGAGCACACCUAACAUGACACAAGACAUAAGAUCGAUUACAAAUAACGGGUCGGAUCCCUUCCUAAGCAGUGGGCCAUACCAUUCCAGGGAGCAGAGCACAGACAGUGGCCUAGGCUUAGGAUGUUACAGCAUACCAACGACACCUGAAGACUUCCUCAGCAAUGUAGAUGAGAUGGACACAGGAGAUAAUGUAGCACAGACCCCCAUGAAUAUCAACCCUCAGCAAACCCGUUUCCCUGACUUCCUUGACUGUCUUCCGGGAACAAAUGUUGAUCUUGGGACAUUGGAGUCUGAAGACCUGAUCCCCAUCCUCAACGAUGUGGAGUCAGUCCUCAGCAAAAGCGAGCCGUUUCUCACUUGGCUGUAGUCGAUUCUUGCUUGAUUCAGUCUUGAAAGCCAACAUUUCCUUUCCCUCUAGAAAUAAAGGCAGAGUAUCCUCAAGUCCCUCCGCUAGCCAACUUGAUGCCUUACUGACUUCUGCCAGACCCUUUUAUUAUGUCAAUGAAUCGUUGUCUAGAUUCUACUGACAAUAACUUAAGUAUGAAACAUAUACAAAUAUAUUAUUUUUAAGAAGUAGAAUUACUUAUACAUAUUUCUUACUUAUUCUUCUUAGUUAUAUAGAAAUGGGUGCCUUUUUUCUGCCCUUGUCUGAACUUAGACAUUUGUCAUACACACACAUUUUAAUGAACCAAAAAAAAUGAUGCUGACCGCAAGAAGCUUUAGACCUCCGAAGGCAGCUUGGUUCCAAAAUCCUGCAUGUAAUCAAAUCAAGUGCAGUUCUCCAGCUGCAUUUAUGAGGAUAGUACCAAAUGCUAGUUAUCUAUAUAACUUGAGCUUUAAAAAUAAUUGCAUUUUAAAGUAAACUUGUGCUGUAAUGGAAUACAAAAUCAUUUUUGUUUCCUUGCAAAUCAGCCAUAAGGCUCUAGAAUCUUUUAAAAAAACUUUUGCAAAGGCACAAAUAUUCUACUUGCAUUUUUCCUCUGUCUAUUACUGUAUGGCUUCUAGGCAAUAAAUACUUCCAAACUGAGAGUAGGUAAAAUGCUUUAGUUACAGUUUUUACACUACUACAAUAUUUGUAAAAUAGACCAGUUUGGUACUAACCGCUGCCAGUUUUUUUUUAUUAUUAUUAUAAAACAAUGAAUGUGAUUACAAAUAUGUCAUUUUUUUGAGACGUAGACUUUUAUAUGUAGCUGUUUAAUAUACACUACAGUUUUUACAAUAGAACAUAUGAACAAUAAACUUGAUUGCAACUUUUAAUUGUGUCAAACAAAAGCAAAUAUUCAAGAAAGCACAUGUUCAAAAUUCAGGACAAAAAUAUGGCACAGUUGACAGUACUGAAUGCAGUAAAAUUUAAUUUUGUAAAGCCUCAUUUUACCUUUUUUAAAAAAGUGAUUGUGUGUAUUGUAGACGAAACAUAAAGGCUAGAAAGAGAAACUUUACUUUAUCAGAUAGGUGAUUAAUCAACAUCUCUUUGUCAGACUGGCAAAGAUGCUGAAGAUUCUUAUCCAGUCGUUUGUUGCUUUAGACCCAUGGGACACAAGACACUAUAUUUGUUGUACUCCUGCCUGUACCUAUCAUGCACAUAAAGGGUCAUUCUUUUAAGUAACUCAUAUUUGGGACUGAGAAUGCAUCAAGGAUUUCAAAUCCACAGUUCCCCUGGAAUGCAAAUGACGUCCUGAGCUUAAGUAUUUUUAACUGACAUUAUUUAUACUCUAUGAAUUUAAGCUUUUUUAAAUACUGAAAACGUGCAACUCUUUGUGGAAGGCAUUAUGAAUAAUACAAGCCUCUAAUCCAUGUUAUGUAGGACUAACAAGAGGCACAGCACCUGGCUGUGCAUCAGGUUGAAUAGUAAGAUAUCAUUAUUGUACCAGAAUACUGGACAGUGAAGAUUUUCUACUUUUUCUUGUCAGUAGUGGAGAAAAAGGCAGGUGAAAUGGGUGGGAGAAUGGAGUGCUUGGAAUAUGGGCCUGGAAGGAAAAUUGUGGGUGUUUUGUUUUUGGCGGGUGGGGUGGGGUGGGGGAGGAUAGAGAGUAAUGCUGGAGUGUCAGAGCACAGUUACUAGGAAUAGCCCAGCAAGAACCACCUCUGAUCUAUUAAAUACCUUUUGAAGACCACCUUAUGGGAGAAUAGUUGCUUGAAGGUAGCUCUACUGUGAGUACCAUAAUUGUUUUCCCCAUUAUGGGUAAUGAGAGGUCAAAAGUAGUGAAGUUCAACAUGUGGCUCAGAAAAGACUCCUUUUCUUUCUUUCUUUUUUUUGCAGGAGAGGAGAGUGGAGAAAUAGGUAGUUGUGCGUUUAUUUUAUUUUAACAGAUUAUGGAACCUCCAGUAAAGUCAGGAGGUUAUUUUUCAGUCAAUGGGCAUUUUUCCUUUUUGUUUUAAAGGUCUUUUUUCCUUUGCUCUCUUAGCAUAUAGAAUUAACUAUUGAGAGCAGAAAACUUGAGAAACAAGGGGCUGUGCGGAUCUGAAUAAUGGCACUGCAUUUCCCACUAUUUACAGUUUUCAGUAGCAAAUGACAAAUGGGGAAUCCUAAGGUGUGUGUUCUUUUAGUUAUGUGAAUGGGCAUUUCUCCCUUAAAUAUCAGAAAACAGGAAGUGUUUAGGGCAGGCCUGAUCAACGUAAGCCCCCAGUUGUGUUUGAACUACAGCUCCCAUAAUCCCCAGCCAUAGUGGCCAAUAGCCAGGGAUUAUGGGAAUUGUAGGCCAACAUCUGCAGGAGGGCCGAAGUUGAGCAGCCGUGGUUUAGGGCCAGAUCCAAAUCUCAUGUUGGUUGUUGCUCCAAUUAAGUCGGGAGGAUUUGUGCUCAUAUGAUACAGAAGCUAUUUCGUGAUUUCCUGCUUUACUUUGUGUUAGAUCGCCAGACAGGGCACAUAAUUUUACACGUAAGAUUUUAGAAGGAAGCUUGGGCUCAUAACACCUGAAAUAAAUCUGCAAUGGCUUUUAAUGAAGGAGUAGGGCUGACCUAGCCAAGGGAGGAUCUAAUUCAUGUUUACACUUGAAGGGUCACUUCCAACAUUUCAUUGCCCAGAGGAAAGAUCUGGUGUAUAAAUUUGAACAUCCAAGAUGGCCACUUCUGCUUCUUUUCAAGUGCUUAAUGUUAUGGGAUGUUGGAACUGGUUUGAGCAGUGAACAGAGAUGUGUUUCCAUUAGGAAGGCAUGCUUGACAAACAAAGAGUCUCUCCCCAAUGGAGAGUUUGGGGCAAUACUGUGACAAGUCUGAGAUAAAAACCAGGACUAGGAGGAGGGCAUUUUACAAGCUCUCGUUUCCUAUAAGCGGGUGACCCUUUCAUGAGGCAAGGUGAGGCGGUUGCCUCAGGCACAGAUUAUUGGAGCACCAGCAGAGGGGCAAGAUGCCACUGCCACUGGAGCCAGCCUUUGCUCCUGUAAGCCUUUCCUCAUGCUCCUUGCAAAGCUCGCAAGAAGCAGGAGGAGAGAAGAGGAGGCUGCAGGCAAUCUUCCUUCCUUCCCACGCCCCAUGCACUUUCAAAGCUUGCAAGGCUCUGUUUUGAAAGGGGCCUGACCCCCACCAGGGCUGUAGGGCAAGGCAGCAUGUGGUGCCUCAACUCAGGCACUGCAGUAUCUCCCCCGCCUUGUGACUGUGAUUAAAAGGGCAGCAUCUGGGGGGAAAGUGCAAAUAAAACAUAAUUACUAUUGAAAAGCUACCAGAAUCUUUUUGUUUGUUUGUUUAAAUAAUGAACCAAAUAAUUGUGAGAAUGAGUUUGUUUGUUCUUCUAUCCACAGAAUGGGAGAGAGGGCUUUAUUAGUCAAGUCCUUUUCCAGUGGUUGUCUUUUAAAACUUUCAGGUAGACUUCCCAUGGAAAUAAGCAUGUUAAUUAUUUGUCAAGAUUUCAACUUAAGGCUCGUUCAUGACAUAGAUUUUAUUUUUUACACUACACUUCUUGUACUGACAAAAUAUGCUAGAGGCACAGAGACGUUGUUCAUUGGAUGUGCUGAGUGGCAGCAUACAAAAAUGCUGAUUAUAUGCAAGUUGUGGGGGUGUUAAAUACAACUAGUAACCUGGAGAUGCUGUUAGAACAGUGGUUUUCAAACUCUGCUCUGGGGAGCCCUAGAUUUCCAUGGAAGCAUGUGAGGAAUUCCUCCAUUAAUGUCAGGAAUGACAGAAAGAUUCCAUUAAAUGGAACUUGUUUGCCACUACCCAUUUCCCCUUGCAACAGAGGGACAUUGGAUGCUCCAGAGAACCAUCUGAUGACAUUCAGUACAGCCUCCUUGCUGAAGCUAAGCAGUUCUAGGUCUGGUCAGUGCCUGGAUGAGUGACCGCCUGAGUGCCCCAUGCAUGCCUUCUUGAGUUCUACAAUGGAAGAAAGGCAUGAAAUAUAUGCAGAUGAUAAAAUGUAUUUGUUCUAGGGCACACUCUCAACUAUGAUGCAGGAUAACAAUGAUGUCCAACAGGCCUGGCCAGUACCCUGCGUUGACUAUGUAUCCUAUUAUGUUCCCCAGAAUUCCCUGCCAAAUGCAGGGGUUCCAUUGCAGUUAUGCAGGGGUUCCUCACUAAGCAGAUCAAUGUGGAAAGGGUUCCUUGAAGGUAGACAGUUUGAAAACUACUAUAAUAGAAAGUAAAUCUUGGAAAACAUGACUUCAUGGAAACAAAUGCUGUUGUGUUCUAAGAAUAAAGAGAUUCAAUAUCUAUUUUAAGUACAGGGAAAUGGGUGAUGAAACAACCCUGUUUGCUUUCCCAAUACACUACAUCCAUGUUAUGUGCUAAUACUUUAAUACUUUUUUUUUUAAUUUACAUCAGUUUGUUAUGCUAUAUGCCAUCUUGUGUGAACAUUUGUUUUCAAUGUAGAAGAAUUUGCAUACAUAGUGUAUGCUUCAAAAUCAGUCAGAUCAAACUGUUGUACCUAGAGUUUGGUUCUGUUGUUUUUUUAAUUUCUUUAAUAUUAUACAAGGAAAAAAAAUAAACACAUAGAAAUGGAUUUAAA